GUCCCGCGGGGGGCUCGGCCGGGGCGCGCCGCGACACGUGCUCGGUGCCGGCGACAGCCAUGGCGCAGCUCACGGCGCGGUUCCGCACCGAGAACCGCAGGUUCGCCGUGGAGGAUGUGCCCUUCUCGGUGCCCGCGACCUCCGAGACCACCGACCUCAGCCACCUCAUCAACAAGCUGCUGGCCGCAGCGCACGAGGAUCACAAGUAUGUGGAAUUUGACUUCCUUAUCAAUGGCCAGUUCUUGCGGUUGCCGCUGGUCACGCACAUGGAAAUGGAAAACAUUUCCACAGAAGAAGUGGUGGAAAUAGAGUAUGUGGAGAAAUACAUGGCCCCUCAGCCAGAAGAAUGCAUCUUCCACGAUGACUGGAUCAGUUCUGUUCAAGCCACUGAAGAAUGGAUAUUAACUGGCUGCUACGACCAGACUGCUCGGAUCUGGUCUGUGGAAGGAAAAUCCAUCACCACAAUAGCUGGGCACACAGAAGUAGUGAAGGAUGUGGCGUGGGUGAAGCAAGAUAGUUUAUCAUGCCUGUUACUCAGUGCUUCCAUGGACCAAACUGUCCUGCUCUGGGAGUGGAACGUGGAGAAAAACAAAGUGAAAGCCCUUCACUGCUGCAGGGGACACGCUGGCAGUGUCGAGUCUGUGGCUGUUGAUUGCACAAGAACCAAAUUCUGCAGUGGAUCCUGGGAUAAGAUGUUAAAGAUCUGGUCUGCAGUACCUACAGAUGAAGAGGAUGAAAUGGAAGAAGCAGCUAACAGACCACGGAAAAAGCAGAAAACUGAACAGCUUGGACUAACAAGGACUCCCCUGGCAACCCUCUCUGGCCACACAGAAGCCAUCUCCUCUGUGCUGUGGACAGAUGCUGAAGAAAUUUGCAGCGCAUCAUGGGACCACACCAUUAAACUCUGGGAUGCUGAGACUGGAGAUCUCAAAUCCACUUUGACAGGAAACAAAGUGUUUAACUCUGUCUCCUACUCACCCCUGUGUCGCCGCCUUGCAUCAGGGAGCACCGACAGACAUAUCAGGCUGUGGGAUCCUCGCAGCAAAGAUGGCUCCUUGGUUCUCCUGUCUCUGACUUCUCACACAGGCUGGGUGACAUCUGUGAAGUGGUCACCUACCCACGAGCACCAGCUGAUCUCUGGUUCUUUGGACAACAUUGUGAAGCUUUGGGACACAAGGAGCUGCAAAGCUCCUCUGUAUGACUUGGCUGCUCAUGAAGACAAGGUUUUGUGCGUGGACUGGGCAGAAGCAGGGUUGUUACUGAGUGGAGGAGCAGACAACAAACUGUAUUGCUACAGAUACCCAGCUACAGCCUCUGAUGUUGGGGCAUGAAGGUCAACAGCCAGAAGACUUUUUUUUAAAAAGAAUGAUCUCUACACAAUCAACUUCUGAAGAAGGGAGGAGUUUGUUGCUCAGAGAGCUGUUCCUGGUUUUGUAUCGGUAACCUAUAUCCAUAUUUGUCACAGAAAAAUAGGAAAGCCCAAAUGGGAUUCAUGUGAAACAAAGCAAAGGUAAUUUCCUCCCUUCUGGAUGGCUUUGAAUUAACAUCUUUUAAAUUACUAUUUGUAUGGCCCUUUUAAUAAGUAGUAAACUGUUUGCUGAUAUUUACAGAAAAACUACUCAAUGACUAAAUUAUUUUUUGAGUUCACCUGCUUUAUGUUGGGGAAAAAAAUAAACCUUUUAUCAACA